GGGGGAAUUCGCACCCCCAGGAGAGGUACAGGGACAGGUACCUUGCGGCAGUGUGGCCUCCUGGAAUUUCUGCAGUCGCGUCUCCUUCACGUCGGCCAUCAAUUGCACGGGACUGCACAUCCACUCGCUUCCGCCAGACCAUCAGCAGCCUCGCCGGAUCUCACCACGCACGCCUACAACUCUCCACUCCAUUCCACCCCCCGCUUUGCCGCUUUGCGCGACCUGCACCUCCCGGAAACGCACGCUGCACAUAGCCCUUUCAUGAUAAGGCUAUAGCUGCCACCAUGUGGCCGAGCUCGCGGCCCCUAAGGCUGCACCACUGGGCGGCGACCACGCUCCAGCGCUCCCGGCCCGUCCAACCCAGCUGCAUCGCCACCCAACGCCGCAUCCUCUUCUCCACCACUCAAUGGCGUCUGCAAGAAGCUCCAGCGCAGCCUGCUGCUGCUUCCCAGCCCGCCGACGAGGUCAAAUCCAUCCCCUACGCCGACCUAACCAUCGGUGUGCCCACUGAAGUCCGCACGGGCGAGAAGCGCGUGGCCAUCACGCCGCAGAAUGCCGCCCUGCUGCUCAAAAAGGGCUUCAAGCAAGUCCUCGUCGAGCAAGGCGCGGGCUUCAACGCGGAGUUCUCCGCCCACGACUACGAGGAAGCCGGCGCGACGCUCGUCAACGCCGUGCGCGUCUGGACUGACAGUGACAUUGUGCUGAAAGUGCGCCCGCCGCGGCUGCGUAGUACUGCUGCCUCGCCGAAUAACUUCCUCACUGGCUUCAAGGAGGGCGGUGUCAUUAUUUCUAUCCUGCAGCCGAAUGUCGAUCGCAGCAAGCCGAUUGUUGAUGCUUAUGCGAAGAAGGGAUUGACCAGUUUCGCCAUGGAUAUGAUUCCCCGGAUCACGCGUGCUCAGAGCUUCGAUGUCUUGUCCUCUAUGGCGAACAUUGCCGGUUACAAGGCCGUGCUGGAGGCUAGCAAUGUCUUCGGCAGGUACAUGACUGGUCAGACUACCGCGGCGGGCAAAAUUCCUCCGUGCAAGGUGCUUGUCAUCGGAGCCGGCGUUGCAGGGCUGAGCGCCAUUGCCACCGCGAGACGCAUGGGAGCUAUUGUGAGAGGCUUCGACACUCGGUCCGCCGCACGAGAGCAGGUGCAAUCGCUCGGUGCCGAAUUCAUUGAAGUGGAUAUCAAGGAAGACGGCUCUGGCAGUGGUGGCUACGCGAAGCAAAUGUCCAAGGAGUUCCACGACGCGGAAAUCAAGCUCUUCACCGACCAGUGCAAGGAAGUCGACAUCAUCAUCACCACCGCGCUCAUCCCCGGGCGUCCUGCGCCGACUCUCAUCACGGAGGAAAUGGUCGCUCAUAUGAAGCCUGGCUCCGUCAUUGUUGAUCUUGCGGCCGAAGCGGGCGGGAACUGCGAAAUCACCGUCCCCAAUCAACUCAUCACCCACAAAGGUGUUACUGUCAUUGGCUACACGGACUUACCAUCUCGCCUGGCGACGCAAUCUUCGACACUCUACUCCAACAACAUCACCAAGUUCCUCCUCUCCAUGUCGCCCAAGGACAAGCAUUUCGGCAUGGACUUGAACGACGAGGUCGUGCGGCGCUCCAUCGUCACCUACAACGGCGAACUCCUCCCAGCACUCCCACCGCUUGCGCCUCCCGCGCCCGCAAAACCAAAAGCCGAAGCUGUACAGACUGAAGUCGUCGCGCUCACGCCCUGGCAGAAAGCGACGCGCGAAGUCGCCACCAUCACCGGAGCCAUGACCACCGCGCUCACCCUCGGAAAGUUCACCGGCCCCAUCUUCAUGGGCAAUCUCUUCACUUUCUCGCUCGCUGGCAUGAUCGGCUACCGCGUCGUCUGGGGCGUGGCACCCGCUUUGCAUAGCCCGUUGAUGUCCGUGACAAACGCCAUCAGCGGUAUGGUGGGUAUCGGCGGCUUCUUCAUCAUGGGCGGUGGCUAUCUCCCGCAGACCAUCCCGCAAACUCUCGGUGCGCUGUCGGUGCUGCUCGCGUUCGUCAACGUAUCCGGUGGCUUUGUCAUUACCAAACGCAUGCUGGACAUGUUUCGACGACCUACGGAUCCGCCUGAGUACCCCUGGCUCUACGCCGUCCCGGGUGUGCUGUUUGGUGGAGGGUAUCUGGUGGCUGCGAGCACAGGCAUGGCUGGGUUGGUGCAGGCGGGUUACUUGGCGAGUAGUCUGCUGUGCAUUGGCUCAUUGUCCGGCCUGGGUUCCCAAGCUACUGCCCGCACGGGUAACUUGAUGGGUAUUCUCGGUGUGGGAUCUGGUGUGCUUGCAUCUUUAUCUGCUGUCGGCUUUGCGCCGGCGACACUCGUCCAAUGUCUGAGUGUGGCGGGUAUUGGUAGCGUGAUUGGCGGCCUCAUCGGCCGUCGCAUCACUCCCACCGAACUGCCCCAAAUGGUGGCCGCCCUCCACUCAGUUGUCGGUCUUGCGGCCGUCUUGACCAGCAUCGGCUCUGUCAUGGCCGCCGUGCACCACGCCGACAUCGACAUGCUGCACCUGGUGACCGGCUACCUCGGCGUGCUCAUCGGCGGCGUCACCUUCACCGGCUCCAUCGUGGCCUUCAUGAAGCUCGCCGGCAAGAUGUCGUCGCGCGCCACCAUCCUCCCCGGCCGCCACCUCAUCAACGGCGGCAUGCUCGCCGCAAACGUCGGCACCUUCGGCGCCUUCCUCGCCCUCGCGCCCGGCGCGCCCGCCAUCGCCGCCACCUGCCUCGCGGCCAACACCGCCCUCAGUUUCGCAAAGGGCUUCACCACCACCUCCGCCAUCGGCGGCGCCGACAUGCCCGUCGUCAUCACCGUGCUGAACGCCUACUCCGGCUUCGCCCUCGUCGCAGAGGGCUUCAUGCUCAACUCCCCCAUCCUCACCACCGUCGGCUCUCUCAUCGGCGUCUCGGGCUCCAUCCUUUCAUACAUCAUGUGCGUCGCCAUGAACCGCAGCCUGACGAACGUCCUCUUCGGCGGCAUCGCAGCCCCCACACCCUCCACGGAGACGAAAAUCGAAGGCGAAAUGACCAAAACGACCAUCGACGAAACCGUCGAGAUGCUGCGCAACGCGCAGAAGGUCGUCAUCGUCGUCGGGUACGGCAUGGCCGUCGCCAAAGCCCAGUACCCCAUCGCGGCCAUGGUCGCCGACCUCCGCGCCGAAGGCAUCGAAGUGAAGUUCGCGAUUCACCCCGUCGCCGGCCGCAUGCCGGGGCAGUGCAACGUGUUGCUUGCGGAGGCGUCGGUGCCGUACGAUAUUGUGUUGGAGAUGGACGAGAUGAAUGAAGAGGGCUUCGAGGAUGUGGAUGUCACGCUGGUGAUUGGCGCAAAUGAUACUGUGAACCCGAUUGCGUUGGAGAAGGACAGCCCCAUCGCCGGCAUGCCCAUCAUCGAGGCCUACAAGAGCAAACAGACGAUUGUCAUGAAGCGAGGCAUGGGCUCGGGCUACGCGGACAUUCCUAACCCGCUCUUCUACGCGCCGACCACGAAGAUGCUGUUCGGCGACGCGAAGCAGUCGUGUGAUGCUAUCAAGGCUGCUUUGGAUGCUGCGAAAUAGGUUUGCUCGCUCAAGGUCGCUGCUGCUGCUGUGCUUUCAAUUCUAAAAUGGAGGGAAGUUGAGGGGACUGGGGUGGGUGCAUUUGCUGCAUUUGGUAGAUUGGGAGUUACAUAAAAAUCGAAGGCGUGUUGUUCUCAUCGGC